AUGCAAACAUCGCGCAGUUGGAAACUAACUAACAAAGACGAUUACAUUUUCUUCUACGGAGGGGAUUCAGUGUGGAUGAAUCAGUUCAAGGAGAAAGCAACUGCCCUUAUAAAUGAUGAAAUAAAAAAUGAACCAAAGAUUUCUAUUGAGUUAUAUCCUGUGGAGAAGAACGCAAAUAAUGACAGAGGGGAUGACAGCUUUAGCACCUUCUGGUCCGCCAUAGAAAGCAUGUUCCAUGUCAAGGUUAUCAAUAAGCAGAUUGAGGACGUGGUAAAACAAGUUCAGAAGCUGCUUUCCUACGAAGAUGACAAGAGUGGAUGGGCUGUUUUCAUCCAAGGCCGUAGGCUUGUGGCCCUUGGUGGUUCGACAAUGUAUACGGUUCUCGAGAAAUACCACACGUGGAAUCAGAACGUAACACUAACAGUAGAAAACUUUGGACAAGUUUUUAAUCAACAGCAUGAGACGGAGGUUGAAGAAACUGGUCACGUCUGCAGCUGCUUUAGCAUCCCAGGUGCAACUGGAAGCACCCUAGAGGCAAUGGUAUGCUACGAGUGUGGCAAUUCCAUGGAGACAUUCUUCAGCUAUAAGUGCUGCCAUGUCAAGAAGAAGGCGCACAUGGUGGGUGCUAAUGCGUCUGCAACAAAGAAGGAACGUCCCUCGCAUGAUUACUCUACUUCGAUUACUUCUGAUUAUGUCUCUUGGUCUCGUGGUGCGUGUAUUACAAUUACUACUAGUCGUAUGGCAAGUUGGAUUAAUGGGAAGAAGCCUGCUCCGUCUUCAGAUUCCGCUGUCUAUGCCGAAUGGGAAGAAGAUAAUUGCCUGGAGAUUGAUUGUCUGCGUCCACAUGAGUUUAAGUAUGAUGAUGAUGGGGCUCGUCGUCUGAAAGAAAUUGAAGCCAACCGAGUUUAUGAUUUUCUUGGAGGACUUGAUCCACCGUAUGAUGGUGUCCGUAGCCAUAUCCUUGCUCUUAGUCUUAUCCUGCCCCCUAUCGAAGCCUAUGCCAUGAUCAUGGAGGAAAACACCCGUCAGUCUGCUAUGCUUGGAGGAGGUUUAAUGGCCCUCAAAGUUGACCCAACACGUCAACGACCGAUCGCACAGCACGACACGACCGGUCGCUCCUCGUCCAUAAAAUUUUCUUCUCCUGCAGGGUCUCCUCCUUCUGGCUCUACCCCUAGCUCUCUUGACGGUCCUCCUAAGUGUCGUCAUUGUAGUGAGAAUCAUUACUUUGAGAAGUGUUUUAAGGAGCAUGGUUAUCCCGAUUGGUUUGCUGACUACAAAGCUCGUAUGUACGGUCCCAAGGCCGCCUGCACAGUGACUCAAAAUGAGGCUCGUCCUCCGGCCCCGUCUGCAAAUCUGUGUGCUUCCGAUACCAUGCCAUGUAUGGGUUCUAAUACUUGGAUAAUUGACACUGGUGCUUCUGAUCAUAUGACUUAUGAUGAUAAUAUGUUUGAUGAGUUGUCUCAUAACCCUCGUGACCUUUAUAUUACUAGUGCUAAAGCUGGGUUGGAAGUGGCCGCUGGACCUGUUGCACAUCGUUCUGCGGCUUUAUCUACUGGGCCACCUGAACAAGGGGCUCGGCUGUUGCGACCGAGCUGGGCGGCAUUAGAUAAGCGUCGUAGGUUUGACCGGGGUGCGUAUGUGUUGCUGUUGGAAUGGUUGGACCGUACUGAAUGUGGGAGCCUGACGGAAAUAAUGACGCUUGUAACGGUGAAACGGUCGGAUUGCUCUGACCGUACUGCUGUGACGAAGCAGCGGUCGCGUUGCUUGGGCCAUGAUGGGUCUGGACGGCCAUGA